AUAAUUUUUAAACAAGUUCGUUCAUACGCUUAUAAUGUUCCACAGUUGUUUAUCACCUACAUUGAUGGAGCCACCAGAUGUUGUACUAAAUAUUGGCUCUAUGAAUUUUUUAGGACACAGCUACUUAUUAUCAAGUUUUAGUGAAGUCUUGAAAGCCGCUUGUGAAGAUCAUGGUACAAAAGAUAGUGGAAGAAAAAAGAUUAUACAGCUGCAUAACAUCUCUCCGAAUUUCAUGAAUCAUGUUUUAUAUUACAUUUAUACUGGACAACUAAACUUAAACGAAGAUAAUGUGUUUGGAAUUUUAUUAGCAAGUCAUUCGUUACAAAUUCCAAAGCUAGCUCAAAUUUGCAAUGAGUAUUUAUUAAAAAACCGAUUAAAUCAGUAUAAAGCAAAGCAUAAUGUGAAUGUUAUACGACCAAUUGCCAACAAACCAAAACCAGUAAAUGUAACAACUGAAGGACCCGUGACUAACAAAGUAUGGCUUCCUAGUUCUAGUACUACUUUUAAGCCAUUUCAAACACGAGAAAAAAUAUCUAGCAUUGCUUGUUAUGUUCCAAUAAUUCCAGAUUCAAGGAUUCAAACUGCCAAUAGAAAAUCAGAAAGUUCAGAAAAUGCUAAAAAAAUAAAGGAUAAAACUGAAAAUAUUACUAAAACUAUUAUAGAUAUAGCAAAUUGUGAUGGUCCUAUUAAAUUCACAAAAAUAUUAAAUACGGCAUAUAAUAUUGAUAAAUUGAGACAACAAAAGACUUGCAUAAUAAAUGUGUACAAAACUGGUGAAUUUGUAACGCAAACUAAGGAUAAUACUAUUAAAUCUAGUUCACGGAGCUCUCACAAAAAAAUCAGUUUGAAGAAAUGCAUAUAUUGUAAUCAACAAUUCAAGUCAAAUUAUUGUUUACAGAAACACAUAAUGCGACACAUUAAUAACGUGGACGCUUCAAAGAUUAGUGGCUUGAAUGCACAAGAACAAAAUCAUGGUUUAAUAAAAAAGAGAUCUCGACAUUGUAAACGAAGUGUCAAGCCAUUGGAUAUGAAUGUUCAAUAUUAUCCUUGUAAAACUUGUGGUGUAAAGUUUCCAAGCUAUUACUUUGUACAUAAACAUCGAAAAUUAUGUCAUUCUGACGAGGAAAAUUAA